CUCCAUUCACCGGCUACUUUUACAGGUGACAGGUUUGCCUGCUUAGAAAUCUGUCAAAUCUCACCUUUUUAAUCAGAAAUUUGCUAUGUAGGAACGGCGGCAUGUUUUAUUCACAGGUCUGACCUACUAGUUAACGUUACUUUCAGAAAUCAUUACGUUAAAUCUACUAAACACGCUUUAGCUAGCAAACUAGCAACCGCAUCACAGGAGUGUCAACUAUGGCGGCAGUUGACAGCUUUCAGUUUUUGUACAGAGAAAUUUCUCGGUCAUGCAAUUCUUAUUUUGAGACCCUGGCUCUUGUCGGUGCGCUGUACACGGCCAGCAGGGCGCUGAUGCUGCUGAGAGACUGCUGCACGUUGGUCAGGGUGCAUUUCCUGCCAAGAAUUAUCCCGUGUAAGAAGCUGACCCAAAGAUAUGGUGACUGGGCUGUCAUUUAUGGAGCGUCAGAGCCUGUGGCCAAAGCGUAUGCAGAGGAGCUGGCUAGGCAUGGCAUCAGCAUUAUCUUUGUCACUCAGGAACACACUUCUGUUAGAGACACCGCUGCAUCCCUCUCCCAAAGCUACGGAGUGGAAACUAUUGUUGUCCUUGCUGAUUUCUCUCUGGACCAGGCAGCCAGCAAGGCCAUCAAAGAAGCCAUGAGGGGUAAAGAUAUCGGCUUCGUGGUGAACUGUGUGGAUGAGUCUCUGAGUUCCCCCCAGAGCCUGAUAGAAAUGCCUGAGCAGAGCCUGUUGGACUUGGUGAAUAAGAACGUUGCGGUCGCUACUCUGAUGACUCGAUUGGUGCUGCCGGGGAUGGUGGAUCGCAGCAGAGGUGCUGUGGUUAAUAUAUCAUCGGGUUCCUGCUGCAGACCUCUGCCUGGAAGAGUGACACUCACGGCCUUGACUGGCUACCUGGAUCAUUUCUCAAGAGCUCUUCACCUUGAGUACAGUGGCAGAGGGAUUUUUGUUCAAAGUCUGAUUCCUUUCCAGGUAGCCUCAAGCGAGCGACAGCCAUCAACAUCCUCAUCAACUUCAUCCAGAGAGGGCUGGUUUGUUCCAAAACCAGACGUUUACGCUCGCCACGCCAUCUCCACCCUGGGUGUCUCUAAUAGGACCACCGGCUACUGGCCUCAUACACUGCAGUAUGGAUUGAUGAGGUGUAUUCCAGAGUGGAUCUGGGUUCUCGGAUCACGCGUGCUCAUCAGCUCAAGCUAAGAGCUCACUUCUCCUCUCCUCACAAAGUAUUAACCUGGUAACUUCAUCUUCUUGUUACUGGAGUCCUGUGUAGAGUUUUAUUUUAGCUUCUUGUGAGAUUAAUAAAGAGUGAGGCAAUUUAAUAACUUUUGAGGACUGUAAUUAUCGGAAUUCUCUCCCAUCGAUUUGGUAUCAGUUUCUAGGUAAUCUGCGGUGGGAUUUGGAAAUGAUGAGUGAAUAUACACACAUUACUUUAGUUCUGGCCUACGAUCUGACAAAGUCUUAAAUUUACUAUAGAAACCAGAUAAUAAAUUUCUUUACAGUGCACAGACAUGAGGUUUGAAACUGAGUUUGACUUUGAGUUGAGGUUGUGAACUUUGAUUUAUUUCUCGUCGUGAUUUCCAGCAGUGCCAGAUGAUUAUUAUUGGAGCAUAAUACUCUGAAAUGAUUUGGUUUGGUGCCUGGAUUUUUAUAGCAUGAGCCUCCAUUAAGUUUCAACCCGCUAGACUGUUGGAUAAGAGAUUUAUUUCACUUUUUGAACAAUUCUUUUUUGUAUUCAAGGAAGUUGCACAUUGAAAAAACAGAAUAUAGAAGUGAAUUUGAGAUCAAAGGCCUCACCUCAAAUGUUAAAUAAAAAAGACAAAGUCUGAAGAAGGCAAUAAUAAAGCAAAAUGAAAACAGAUGAGUAAAAGAAUUUUACAUAAAAUAUGAAUUUAGGCAAUAUAUUAUGACAGUCGGGGGCAUGGACUCUUUCUAUCUGCUAUCAACCUGCAGCCUGGGGGAUCUGAUUCAAGCCGAAAGGGUUUUGGAUGCAUUUAAAGAAGCUCUGAUGUUCACUGUGUUUUUUCUAAGUUGUGUAAGCUGUGUAAAUUGACUUUCCCAUUCUGCCGGGUUGCACUGCUUUUACCAGCACUGACGCGCUGCACGCACUAUGUUCCCAAAAACCAAACCCAAUAACAUGUUACAGAGACAGACUGUUGACUGAAAAGACUAUAAUCAGGUUUGAGUGUAAUUUUGCAAGUUUUGAAAGUGGAAAUGACACAUUUUUAACACACUCUCUCUGGAUUGUGACCUGAAGUAUAGACCAGAAUAUAUUCUACCAAUGUAAAUAUGUCUUUAGCUUACCUGGCUUCCUGCUCUAAUCAAAUCAAAGGUCCAGAUAAAACCAAGAUGUGCCUGCAGGGUGUUAUACAUUCUUGAAUCUUGAAUGAAGAGUGACAACUUUAGGUGAAUGUGCUCAGAGUAGAGGAGUCAAGCGUCUCCAGUAGUCAAUAUAAAAUGCAUUGAAGAGUGAGGUUGUGAUGUUUUUGUUUUGUGGAGAAACUUAACUUGAAACACAUUCAGUAUAUGCAGAUGUUGCUAACAGAUUCAUAUUUAUUGUGCUUAUUGUGCAUUGCUGUAAGUGUUGACCUAAAUAUAUGCCAUCAUAGCACAGAAUUAGACCAAUAAACUCUUCCUUCAUUCCCA